AUGGCGGGCUUGUAUUUGUGGAAAUGGACACACGAUGGUGCGGGAGCAAAUAAGGCAACAGGGACAGAGGCUACUACAAAGUCAUCGAUGGCGACAGCAUCAACGGAGUCGAGCACUGAAGCGAACCAGACCGGCUCGGUUGAGGCAGACGAAGUCGAGAGUAUGCCACACGGUUUGGAGCUGAACUCUACGAAUCUAGAGACGGGCUGGGAGCCUAUUCAUCAACCGCGGGUCGGGCAGUUUGGGGACCAGCAAAAGCAACAGCAACAACAUCACCAAUUCAACAACCCCAAGACAGAGAGAGAUGUCGAAGCGGUGAAAGCGACGAGAGAACCGGGACCACCACUGCCAACGCCACCAGCAGCCGGCCAACACCUGCAGCAACCACCAUCGCCAAGGACUCAUAUGAUCGCCUUGCAGGAAGGCAAUCCGCAUGGUCGUCCGGCGCUGUCCUCUCUCGCAGGGCCAUUGGAGCGAUAUUUGGCUCAAGAUGACAUGAACGACACAGAGUACGAUGCUGCCCGGAUAGAACAGGACAGGAGGAGACUGCGAGCUUUCCGGCCCAGCGUCUUUAGGAAAAGGGCGCAGGUUCAAGCGAAGCGUAAGGAGCUCCGAGAAAAGGCAGAGGCUAAGACUUUGGCAGAACAAUCGUUCAUGAAGUUUGUGAGAGAGAAUAUUGUUGUUCCCGCAUCCCUCUCACCCAGCCCCGUUCCGACGUCUAAAAGCCCAGUCCGAGGCCUAGAGUAUUACUAUGGGAAGCUCCAGGCUAGUCAAGACGAGUAUGGCCCAUCAGAAUAUGAGUGUUAUAAACUCGAGGAGUCCCUUGACGACCUGGAAUUUGAGCUGGCUCAAAUUGAGGGUCGUUUGUACAACUACCCACCCGAGGAUUUCGGAGCACCUGGUUCUAAAAGCGCCCUACCCCCUCAAAGCAAGAGCUCGCCAUCCAGUAUAUCUAUCCUGGACUUCUCUUUUGGAGACCCGCAAGAUUACCACCCUCUUCACGCCAGCUAUCUCGAACGACUCGGCGAUCUAGAUCUGGCUAGGGAGAGAUAUAACAACACAAGGCACGAGCGAGAGAGUCUGGUUUUGGAGCAAGAGUUGAAAGCACGCGUCGGCCUUGAGUUUGACGAAGACUUAAAAAGAUUUCUGGCAGAGCUACCUCUUCGGGAGGCCGCUCUGCAAACCGAGAUAGCUGGGAUUGAGGCAAAUAUUGAUCGGUUGAGAGUCCAAUGUCUCGACGAAGGCAUCGAUGUUGACGAACCCAACAAUAACAGCGUUUCCAACGAUGGCAGCAGUGACUACGCAGCUGUGGAUAGUAAGACUGUCCCUACCCAACACCUACAAAGUGACAUCAGUCAUAGUAUGUUCCCUCUACUACUUCCAGAUUCCGAUGAAAAGAAGGCCAAACUCGAAGUCCUAUUUACGGAGUUUGAUGAAGCCAAUAAAGGCCAUAGAAUCAAUCGCUGGCUUCUUUAUAAGCUUCAGACUUCCCCUCUGGAGGUCGAUCUCCUCGCACGAGUUUUUCUUCACGUUGUCAAUGUUUUUGACUUCAGCAAAUGGCCCACUAAUAUCCGUGAUUGGCAGCUCAGCGUGUUGUCGAUGUGGGAAAAGGACGGAGCCAAUAUACCACCUGAAGCCUUCAAAUAUACACAAACAACCAGUUUUGCAACACAUCCAUCGGCCGACUCCCCAACGGCACAACGCAACCAUAGGACGGUGAAGUCGCUGCAGAUCUCAGAUAUACCUAGUAACCCAAAAACAUCGCGGAAGAUCAGAAGCGCUCCUAGCUCAGUCGAUGCCAGGAGAAUUACGCUGAGCGGCCCUGAAGUCAGUAGUUUUAUGCUAAACUGA